CCAGUGAUGAUGCGAGCCGAUCACCUCCGGCUCUCUAAACCCUCCCCUCUUUCCCUCUCUAUUCCCCAUCUCCGCUCCCUCUCGCGAUCCAUCCGCCUCAAGAUACGCUCCAAAGCUUCGUUUCCUUCGCGGCGGUCAUCUCUCGGAAAUCUCAAUCUGCGCCGCUCUAAUCUUCUCCCUUUUCAGUCGAAACCAAAUUUCCAGAUUAAUGCGGAGGAUGGUUGUUAUGGUGGAUUGGAGAUUGCUGCUGAUGAGUUCUUGGAACUGGGGGAUAUGGAUUUGCCGGUGGAGCUCUCUGUGACUCGAGCUCUUCCGCCCGCUCUCACACUCAGAGAGGGUUUUGAUAAGAUUAAAGAGGCGAUCGAGAAGCUCAAGGCGAAUCCACCAUGUUUGAGGAGCGGUGUUUUGAGGAUUCAGCUACUUCAUUAGAUUGGAAAGAGUAUGGCGGAGUUAUUUCAUGUACUAUUCCAUAUUCCUCACAGAAGAUGCUAAAAUUAGUAAGGGUUGCGGUACCUCCUAGUACAAAAGCUUUAAAUUGGCUGUGUUGUCAAUGCAAGGAAUUGUCAGUGUUUCCUCAGUUUUAUUUUUUAGCAAGACAAACUCGUGAGCAAUCUCUUGAAUUGGCUUCAUUAAAUGGCAUGGUUGAAGUUUCUGGUAUUGGGACAGCAAUUUAUGUUCAUGGCUCUUCACAUACCCGAAAAGGAUGUAAUUUGAUAGCAAGAUACCUUUCAGUUGAUUCGCCCCUGAUAAGAGCUUAUGGGUUCAUAGGUAUCCAUUAUAACAAGGAAUCAUUCAUGAUGGAGGAUGGGGCUGGUUCAUUUUUCUUCUUUAUUCCACAGAUAGAGCUGAAUGAAUUUGAGGGCUUCUCUUUAUUAGCAUCUACUCUGAUCUGGGAUGAUUUUGUAUCAUAUACUUUUGAGAGAGCGGUUCACACCUUUGAAUUAUAUUUCCACCAGAUCAUCCAAUAUAUUCAUCCAAUUGGCACAUAUGUCAAAGACAUGUGGAUGAAUUACUUUUAUGGGCUGUCAAAUUUGAUGGAGCACAAACAUGUUCAAAUGGUAUUCCUGAAUGCUGAAAUUCUUGUUAGAAUUGAUGCUGGAGCCAAUAAUUUGCUUCAGGCUGCAGUUCUCAUGUUCUGCAAAUAUUGCUUUGAAUCAUUAUUAUUUUUGCAGGAAGACUCUCCAAGUUGUUGCCGUUAUUAUUUUAGACAUUCAUCAACAGCUUCUUUUGGAAGUAACAUGCUUAUGGAUUCUCGUGGAACUAAUUGCUUGAUAAAAGAGUGUGCCAACAUCAAUUAUCUAUGGGCAUCACUUAUAAUUGAAGAAUGUGUUCGACUUGGUUUGACGUACUUCUGUAUAGCUCCAGGAUCACGAUCAUCUCCACUUGCAAUUUCUGCAUGCGGUCAUUCCUUGACAACUUGCAUAUCAUGUUUUGAUGAGCGCUCCCUUGCAUUUCAUGCUGUUGGCUAUGCAAGAGGAUCUCUUAAACCGGCAGUGGUCAUAACAUCAUCAGGAACUGCUGUGUCAAAUCUUCUUCCUGCGGUUGUGGAGGCUAGUCAUGAUUGUGUACCUCUUAUGUUACUCACAGCUGAUCGCCCUCCAGAGCUGCAGGAUGUAGGAGCAAACCAAGCAAUUGAUCAGGUCAACCAUUUUGGCAAAUUUGUGAGGUUUUUCUUCAGUUUUCCUCCGCCCACUGAUCAAAUACCUGCUAGGAUGGUCCUAACAACUGUUGAUUCAGCUGCAUACAGUGCAACACAAGCACCAUAUGGCCCUGUGCAUAUUAAUUGUCCCCUCAGAGAGCCAUUGGAAGACUGCCCAAAAGAAUGGAGUAUAAACUGUUUAAGAGGAUUAGAUUUGUGGUUGUCAAAUGCUGGACCUUAUACUAGAUACAUCAAAAUGCAACAUUGCUGCUCAUGCAAUGGUUAUAGUGGGCAAGUUGCUGAGGUUCUGGAAGUAAUACAGAGAGCAAAACAGGGUCUCUUAUUAAUUGGUGCCAUCCACACUGAAGAUGAAAUAUGGGCAGCUCUUCUUUUAGCUAAACAUCUUUUCUGGCCAGUUGUUACUGAUAUUUUGUCAGGACUACGGUUGCGCAGAUUAUUUACUUCAUUUACAGAGAUUGAAGACAGGUUUUAUUUUAUUGAUCAUUUGGAUAACGCUCUACUCUCGAAUGCUGUCAAGGGCUGGGCACAACCAGAUGUGAUCCUUCAGAUUGGUAGCAGGAUUACAAGCAAACGUAUUGUCCAGUUGUUGGAGUUCUGUUCUCCUUCUGCAUAUAUCUUGGUUGACAAGCAUCCAUACCGUCAUGAUCCUUCUCAUAUUGUUACUCACAGAAUCCAGAGUACCAUAUCUGAGUUUGCUGAUAUUAUACUUAAAAUUUAUAUCAUGAGGAAGCCCAGAAAAUGGAGCAGUUUCCUGAAAACACUGGAUAUGGUGGUUGCAUGGGAAAUAGCAUUUCAAAUUCAUUCUGAAUGCUCGCUAACCGAACCACAUGUUGCGCAUAUAAUUGGAGAAGUACUUCAAGAUGAUGUUGUCUUAUUUGUUGGGAACAGCAUGGUCAUUAGAGAUGUCGACAUGUACGGAAGGGGCUGGGUGAAAUCUGUCAUGAAAAAUACUCACCUGAUGUCAGAUUGCGAUCUACAAUUCCAUGGUAUACAAGUGGCUGGGAACAGGGGUGCUAGUGGUAUUGAUGGUUUGCUUAGCACAGCCAUUGGUUUUGCUGUAGGAUGCAACAAACGAGUUAUUUGUGUGAUUGGUGAUAUAUCUUUCCUUCAUGAUACAAAUGGAUUGGCAAUUCUUAAUCAAAGGGCACGGAGGAAACCUAUGACUAUUCUUGUAAUAAAUAACCAUGGUGGUGCAAUUUUCAGUCUUCUACCAAUUGCAGAUAGGGCACUACCCAAUGUGUUAAAUCAGUACUUCUACACAGCCCACGAUGUCUCAAUUAGUAAACUUUGUGCUGCACACAGUGUGAAACAUUUACUAGCACGGACAAAAAUGGAACUGCAUAAUGCUCUAUGGAGAUCUCAAAAUGAGCAGACCGACUGUGUAAUAGAAGUUGAAAGCAAUAUUGCAGAUAAUGCCAAGUUUCACAGCAUGAUAAGUCAGUCUGCUUAUCAAGCUGCAAACCAAGUGCUGGAUUUCCUAAUAAGGUUUCCAAAUUCUGAGUCUGUAAAGAAUGGCUUGUUUGUUAGCAAGAUCCAUAAAAUGGAGUUCUCAUUAUAUAGAAUCCAACUUUGUGCUCCGCUUGCUUCAAGUCAACUUAGAAACGAUAGGAACAAGUUAUAUCAUGAAGGUUUUAUCCUAAAUAUUACUUUGGAUGAUAGUAGUUCGGGAUUUGGAGAGGUUGCCCCAAUCGAAAUUCACGAGGAGGAUCUGUUAGAUGUUGAAGAGCAGCUGAGAUUUUUGGUUCAUAAACUAGAAGGUUCUGAGAUAAGUUAUUUUCUUCCAUUGCUCAGGGGCUCCUUCUCUCACUGGAUAUGGAGAAGCUUAGGAGUUCCACCAUCUUCUAUAUUUCCAAGUGUUAGGAAUGGCAUGGAGAUGGCUAUACUAAAUGCACUAGCAGCAAGAGCAGGAUCCAGUUUAUUGGAAUUAGUUACUGGAUGUAGAAGUUCCUUACAAGAUUCUCAGUCAUUGAAAGAUAUUAUGAAGGGGUCAGCAAGGAUAGAGAUUAGUGCCCUUGUAGAUUGUAAUGGUACUCCUAAGCAGGUAGCUCAUGUGGUGUCUCGGUUAGUUGAUGAAGGUUUCACUACAAUAAAACUAAAGGUUGCACGUCGAGAAAAUCUUAUUGAAGAUGUGGCAGUCAUCCAAGAAAUUAGAGAAAUGGUUGGAUAUAAGAUCAACAUCCGUGUUGAUGCAAAUCGGAAGUGGACAUAUGAAGAGGCAGUUGAAUUUGGAUCUGGUGUGAAAUAUUUUGACAUACAAUACAUUGAGGAACCUGUAUGUCUUGAAGAUGAUAUUAUAAAGUUUUGUCAAGAAAGUUGUUUACCUGUAGCUUUAGAUGAGACUAUUGACAAUCUUAAAGGAGAUUUCCUCAAUAAACUCCAAAACUUUGUAUAUCCUGGAAUAGUAGCUAUUGUAAUUAAACCAAGUGUAGUUGGUGGAUUUGAAAAUGCAGCACUUAUUGCAAAAUGGGCUCAGCUUCAUGACAAGAUGGCUGUUGUCAGUGCUUCCUUUGAGAGUAGUCUUAGUUUGUCAGCAUACAUACAAUUUGCAUACUUCCUUGAGCAGCAGAAUAUAACAAUAUGCAGAUUGAGAAAGAGAAAGUUGAGUGCAGCCAUAGCCCAUGGCCUUGGAACAUAUCAAUGGCUUAAGGAAGAUGUAUCCACUAACCAUCUAGAGUUUCAUGUAGCCCCAAAUGGUGACAAAAUGGAAGCCUCUGUGAAAAAUGCAGAUACUUUCCUUCGUUAUUUUCAGAUCAAAGAUAAGACAGUUCAGAGGAUCUACACUGGUGAACAACUUAAAUCCUACAGAAUAGAAGUUAAUGGUGAUAACUUUUCCUGUUCAUUCAAAUUGCAAGAGGCUGGUGUCGACACAAAGAAGCAAGUAGUUAUCUAUCUUCAUGGCUUUCUGGGUGCAAGUCAGGACUGGGUUCCGAUAAUGAAGGCUAUAUCACCUGCUGCACGAUGCAUUUCUAUUGAUCUUCCUGGCCACGGGGAAUCUCAGGUGCAAUGGCAUAUGGAUAAGAGCUCAAAGCAAAAGCUGAACAUCUCAGUUGAAUCAGUUGCAGAUAUAAUAAUGAAGUUAAUCUGUGAUAUUACCUCUGGAGGUGUCAUUCUUAUCGGAUAUUCAAUGGGUGCUAGGAUUGCACUGUAUAUGACAUUGAAAUACAAUGAAAAGAUCAAUGGAGCUGUUAUAAUAUCAGGAAGUCCAGGAUUAAGGGAUGAGGCAGCUAGAAGAAUUCGUAGUGCACAAGAUGAAGCAAGAGCUCACUUCCUAUUAGCACAUGGUCUGCAAGAUUUUCUGCAUAUAUGGUAUGCAGGCAGUCUAUGGAAAAGCUUGAGAGAUCAUCCACAUUUCAACGAAAUAGUCAGAAAUCGUGCAAAGCAUAGUGACAUCCAGGCUCUUGCGAAAGUUCUCUCUGACUUGAGCAUUGGAAAGCAAAUGUCUUUGUGGGAAGACUUGAAGCACUGCCAGAAGCCUCUUCUCUUCAUUGCCGGAGACAAGGAUAUAAAGUUCAGAGACAUUUCUAAGCAAAUGUGCAGUGAAAUCAGGACAUGCUCCGAAGGUAAAGAUCACAUUCCAAGAGAACAGUUAUCCAAAGUGGUUAUAGUUCCAGACUGUGGCCAUGCUGUUCAUUUGGAGAACCCUCUCCCAGUGAUCAAUGCUGUCAGGAAGUUCAUAACAAACUUUGACAAACUAUAGUGCACUGGUUCCAGCGAAAUUUCUCAACCCCACGAUGAGCGGGUGCUUAAUUUGUUUUACUUCGACUCUGUAUCAUCAUCUUAUCUUUCGCAUGCUCUAUUGUUAAUGUCGUCAAAACUAGCAAUAUCAACAGUCAAAGCAAGACAAUGGUGGCGCUAAACUGACACUGGAAGGGAUGGUUCCAAUUUUCUAUUAGUUUCUGGAUUUUGAAUAAUAAAAGCAUCUUGUAUAGUUUGUAAUACGGUAAUAUGUGUUAUCCUUUCUGAAA